UCACCACUUGCUUCUUCACCUCUGAUUCUCAGCACAAAGCCUUCGUUCUAAAAAACAAUCACUUCUUUUUCUUCUUCUUUCUUUUAGCCGUCGGAAGCGAAGUGAAAUGAGAUUAUUUUUUCAUUAAGAAUGGCGUCUAUUCAAAUGUUGAAGUCCCCUCUCUCUUCAAUCCCAGUUUCCCAGUCGAAUUUUCCUGGAAAAUCCAGCCGGGUUUUCUCGGAAAAUGAGUCCAGGAGAUGUUUAAUCAGGUUGUCAGGAUACAGGGGGUCUGGAUAUCUAUUGAGAGAUAGGAGGAGAUUUGGGGUCUGCUGCAAAGCUCAAGAAUCCGACAGCAAAAGCAAUGGUGAAGAACCGCCGGAGUCGCUGUUUAUGAAGGAAUUAAGGAGGAGGGGUAUGAAUCCCACUUCUUUGCUUGAGGAAAGAGAGAGGACCGAUUACGGAAUGAACGAUGAGAUGAGGAAUGAAGAUAGAGGUUUCUCAGCUAGAAAUGCGGUCUCAACCGAAAUUGAGAAAAGCCUAGCAAAUCAAAGGGAGCGGUCGAUGCAAUUGAACAGCGAAGGCCUCGAGGGGUUAAUCCCUCGGGCCAGACUCUUGCUGACGAUUGGAGGGUCGUUCUUCUUGGGGUUUUGGCCAUUGAUCCUCAUAACUGUAGCACUCUUCUCUGCUCUCUACUUGUACUUUGGAUCAACUUUUGUCCAUGACGGAAGCAGUUCUCAGAUAUCAGCACUCCAAUACAUUGAUCCAUACGAACUUCUGGAAGAUGAAAGGAUUUCUCAAAUAGCACCGCGUGUAAAGUGAAGCGCUAGUCUUUCACGUAACUUACAGACUCCAAAUACAGGUUUCGGCCAACUAGUUUCUUGCCUCUUGUUUAUUCUUUCUCUGUAUAAAUCUCAAACUUAUAAAUAACUUGGUUUUCUUUUUA